AUGGAUGUAAUAUAUCAAACAAAAAUAUUGAACAAUGAAAAUGAAAAGUAGAUCUCGUCAAGGAGUGGACAUAUGAACAUGUCUCCUCCUUUUUUAGAGGCUGUUCGCUCAAAACCACUUAUCAAAAUUGAAAGGAAAGAGAGAUCACCUAUUGUCUAGGAUAUAAAUGAUCUUGAUUUUGGAUACAUGGAAGAGCUUGAAAAAAGAAAAAUGUUCAUGAUGAUACGUCUGGGACACAUAAGAGACUCAUCUAGAUUGACUCCUGUACACAAUUAUAAUAAAAUCCCUGUUCUACCAUUGAAAAAAUAACGAAAAACCAUAACACCUUCUCCAAAAUAAACUUAAAAUAAAACUCAACUGAUAACUGGAAUUCCUUUACCUACCUUCAGUAUGAAGAUCGUUGAAGAUCCAUAUCAAAUAUAAAGGCAACAUAAACCAAAUACACAGAAACUUGUCCAAAAACAAAAGAGAUUGAAUAUUAUUAAUAAAAGAAUACUAGAUAAAUUCCGUGAUUACUGA